CCCUGUCGAUCAGUCUAUACUUAUUUUUUCAAAGCAAAAAAUACAAAAUUAAAUAUGCAGGUGAGAUAUUUGGUGUUGUGGAUGGUGGUGAUGGUGGUGAUGAUGGUCAUAUUGCCAUCUUCCACCGUCACAGCAAUUUCAAAUAUUUCUUUAGAAAACUGCCCGCAAACAUGUGGGAACGUUAGCGUUCCUUACCCUUUUGGAAUUGGUAGUCCUGAAUGCGCCAAAAACAAAGACUUCCUGCUUAACUGCAGCCAGAGCGACCUCUUCUAUGGGAACAUCCUAAUUUACAACAUAUCAAUUGAAAACGGCACCAUCACCGGAGGCAUUUGGCGUGCCUACAAUUGCGACAACGAAUCUUACUUGUGGCAGCGGAAUAUCAGCCUCAGAAUCUCGCCCUUCACCAUCUCCCACACUCAAAACAAGUUGAUUGGUUUAGGCUGCGACACCGUGGCCUCAAUGAGCGACAACCUGGGAGGGUUUGGAAGUGGGUGCUUCGCCGUCUGCAAUUACCGUGACGAUAUUGAAAGUGACGGUUCUUGCUCCGGUUUCGGAUGUUGCCAGACUUCCAUCCCCAAGCACCUCAAUUCAUUGAACUUUUGGGUUAGCAGCUUCUAUAAUCACAGAUAUGUUUCGGGCUUCAACCCCUGCAGUUAUGCUUAUGUGGUUGAAAAUUCCUUCAACAUCUCGACAAUUAACUUCCUUGGUCACCCAAACGAAACAUUAACGAGUACGCCUGCGGUGCUUGAAUGGGUGGUCGGAAAGCAGCACUGCCAAGCAAGAGAAGGGUUCACCGGAAAUCCUUAUCUCCUGAAUGGAUGCCAAGGAGGCUUUGGUUCAGUUUACAAGGCAGUUUUAGCAGACAACAUCGAAGUUGCUGUUAAGAAGGCCAAAGAUGUGGACAAGGAAAGAAUAAACGAGGAAUUUCAGCAUGAAAUUAGCAUUGUUUCUCAGGUUAACCAUAAGAAUGUUGUGAAGCUCUUAGGCUUAUGUUUGGAGACCAAAGUUCCAUUGUUGGUUUAUGAGUUCAUUUCAAAUGGAACCCUUUACCAUCAUAUCCAUGACAAGCGAUCACAUGUUUUAAGGUCAUGGAAGAAUCGUCUGAGGAUUGCUGCAGAGAUUGCGCUUGCACUUGACUAUUUGCAUUCUUUAGCAGACCCACCAAUCAUUCAUGGUGAUGUGAAAUCAAUGAACGUAUUGUUGGACGAUCACUACACAGCCAAAGUAUCUGAUUUUGGGGCUUCUGUACUCAUCUCACCAAACCAAACUGGAAUUGGCUCCAAAAUACAAGGAACACUUGGAUAUUUGGAUCCGGAGUACCUAAUGACUGGUAAUUUGACAACAAAGAGUGAUGUUUAUAGCUUUGGAGUCGUCUUGGUGGAGCUGUUGACUGGGGAGAAGCCUACUUCAGGCGUUAGAGAUGGGGAGAAGAGAAACAUUAUUCAGUAUUUCAUUUUAUCUAUUGAAGAUGGUCGUAUUGCCCAAGUUUUGAAUUUUGAGCCUGCCGAUGACGAGGAAAUGAAGGAAGUAGAAGAAGUUGCUGAGCUUGUGAAGAGAUGCCUUAAUGGUAGUAGCCUAAAAAGGCCAACCAUGAAGGAAGUUGCCGAGGAGCUUGCAAGGCUAAAAAGGCUUAGUGAUAACGUUUGGGCUAAAGAGGAAAAUAAAGAAGCUGAGUGCUUGCUAGGAGAAUCCUCAUCAUAUAAUUAUGAAUCAAAUACCAAGAUGGAACAAAUGGAAACCUACACUGUGCACACAACAUUUGACAUUGAACAGGCAUCAACUCUUAGCAUCUAGUCUUUCCUGCUACUAUAAUCUUCCAUAUGUGAUUAGUCACGAUAUUUUCCUAAAAAAUGCUGAGCAUUUGUGAAGGCUUUCCUUGCUACUUGGUUCUUGGUUCUUUAUGUUUAUGUAAGUGUUGUAUUUGCUAAAUUUGAUUUAAGCAGGUCAAAAUGUCUACAAAAUAUGAUUUUUCUGGACUUAAUGCAUAUAAUACUAGUUGCCUCCUAUUUACAUGGAAAGGCCAAAUAAUGUGAAGAAAGUAGAACUGUAGAA